UUGUUAUGACAUUGACUUUUGUGAUGAUACUGAUAUAUCGACUUUGUCAAGUUUGUCAAUUUUGUGAAAACUUGCAAAAAAACUUGUUUACUGAUAAUUGGCAAAUCAGAAUUUAUUUAUUACCCAGUGAAUGUCCUUUCGUAUUUAUUUAUGCUGGUAUCUUACCGUCAGAUCACUUUUUUAAGUGUAAAAUCAAAAGAUUUCCCUUUAACCUACGAUGUUUCGGUUACCGGUUAGGACUCUGUUACUUCAUCACAGCAAACAUAUUCGGACGAAAACCUCGAGUAGUGCUAUUCGGAGUACAUUUAUCGACUAUUUUGUGAAACAGCACGGUCACAAGCAUGUUAAAUCUAGUCCUGUGGUCCCACUUUGUGAUCCAACUGUGCCCUUUGUAAAUGCGGGUAUGAACCAGUUCAAAGGAGUAUUCCUAGGUAAUGUAGACCCACCCUAUCCUCGUGUGGUGAAUUCUCAGAAGUGUGUGCGAGUGGGAGGCAAGCACAAUGACUUGGAUGUGGUGGGGUUGGACGGACAUCAUCACACCUUCUUUGAGAUGCUUGGCAAUUGGUCUUUUGGAGAUUAUUACAAGAAAGAGGCAUGUCAAAUGGCAUGGGACCUCCUCCUAGGCCCGUACAGAUUGAAACCUGAAAACUUAGUAGUGACCUACUUUGCCGGAGACGUUGUUAUUGGACUCACUGAAGACAGGGAAUGCAGGGAUGUGUGGAAGCAAAUUGGUGUACCAGCAAGCAGAGUGAUCGCUAAGAAUGCUGAAGAUAAUUUCUGGGAGAUGGGCCCCACGGGUCCGUGCGGACCGUGUACUGAAAUACACUAUGUCAAUGCUGAUGGCUCGCUCACUGAGAUAUGGAAUAUUGUUUUUAUACAGUGUAAUAGACAAGCAGACGGUCAAGUCCGAGGUCUCCGUCGACAGCAUGUGGACACCGGUAUGGGGCUGGAGCGAGUGACCGCUCUACUACAAGGCGUGCCUUCUAACUACGACACUGACUUGUUCCGGCCGCUCAUUAGGUGUAUAGAGAAGAACAGCAAAGGGAUACCUCAGUACUCUGGUAAAUACGGGUCGGAAGCCACCUUGGACUCGGCGUACCGCCGCGUGGCGGACCACGCGCGGAUGAUCAGUGUCUGUUUGUCUGACGGCGCGUUCCCCGCUUCCAGCUUAAAUCUCAAGCAAAUAAUGAGAAAAUCUUUCAAAAUAUCAACAGAUGUAUUUCAAAACACUCGCCUACUCUACCAUCUUUACGACGAAGUUGCCUCAACCCUGGGCGAGGCUUACCCAGAACUCAUUACGAAGCAAAAAGAUGCCAAACUGGUUAUAGAACAUGAAGAGAACGCGUAUAAGAAGAUGAGGGCUAGUUUGGAGAAGAAGUGGAAGGAUUUAGCGAAACAGUUCCCGGAGAUUGAAGAAUUAAGAGAUGUCGAAAUGAACGGUUUCCAUUUGGGUUAUAAGGAGUUUAAGGAGACAAUUAACAAACACAAAUCCACUGUAAUACCAGGGGAAUUAGUAUUUAAACUGUAUGACACAUAUGGCUUUCAAGAAGACCUCAUUGAAAGAAUUGCCAGGCUAAACAAUUUAGACAUAGACAAAAAAGGCUUCUGGAAACUACUAGCAGACCACAAAUCUAGACACAAAACAGCAUUUAAAGAGCAGAGUUCAAACAAAGGCAUCUUAUUUGAUAGUGCUAUAAAAGAAAUCAUCAAAAGUGGUAUAAAAUCUACAAACGAUCAACCUAAAUAUAAUUACGAAUUCAUAGAUAAGAAAGUUGUAUAUAAACCCUUAAAGACGAAUUUGUUAGCCAUUUUGAAUGAAGACUGCGAAUGGAUAGACUACUCUGAGCCUAGCGAAAAUAAGCCUUAUUAUUUAGUAACUAAAGACACAAAUUUCUACUGCGAAGAAGGCGGGCAGAUGGCUGAUAGUGGUAUCAUACGUAUAAAUGAAGAUAUUCAUUUGAAUGUUGAAACAGUUUUCAAAAUUCGUGACUUUGUUUUUCAUAAAGGUUAUUUUAAAGUUAACAAAAGUGGUGAGAAUUUAUAUGUGAAUAAUAAAAGUGAAGUGACAAUGGAAAUAGAUAGUGAGAAACGCUUGAGAGUGAUGAGAAACCAUACGGCGGUACAUUUAUUGAAUGCGGCUUUAAGGAAAGUGCUGCCAAAUAGUGUUGUAGCUCAGAUCGGCUCUAGUGUUACAGAUAAAGGAUUCUCUUUAAAUUUGACGGUUUAUGGCGAAAAGUUGUCACAGGAAUUGAUAUUAAAAGCGCAAGAUCUUAUUAGACAGUCAAUACAAGCCGACGUGCCGUUGGAGACCCGUGUGAUAGACAGCUUGCAGUUAUCACAGGAGUCGGCGCUGACGGUCCCCGGGGAAACAUACCCCGAGACCGGACUCAGAAUGGUCACGAUCAAUGAACCACUUGUGUCCAAGGAGCUAUGUUGCGGCACCCACGCGCCGUCUACCGGCUUCCUCGGAGACUUCUGCGUAACGCUGAUCAAGGGAGCCGCGAGUCAUUCGCCGGUGAUACACGCGCUCACUGGCGACUCCGCCACGAAGGCUCGUGAACUCUUCACUCACGCUGAGAAUCUCAGCCGAGCCGUCGAGCUACUCGAUCCUGUUGUUAGAAAAGAAGAGGUUUCCUCGCUGAAGAAGCAGCUUCAAGAGUUAUGCGGCUCGAGUGGCGCCCCCUACGGAGACUAUGCGAAAUGUUUGACGUUACUAGACGGACUUAUGAAGAAAACUGUCCAUACAGACGAAAUGGCACUGCAGGCUAUUGCCAAUGCUGAAUUACGCGAAGUUUUCGAGAACGCAUCAACCGAAGGGCGCCGUUUCGUGGUGCACUUCACUCGGUGUUCCUACCUCAUGCAAGGGCCGGCGCUGGCCAAGGCUCUGUCUAUCCCGUCCGCCCCCGCGCCCGCCUUGCUGCUGGGGUGUGCUGGGGGAGUUAUUGUGGCUGCUGCCAGGGUGCCCAAGGACAUGGUGACGUCAUCGUUCACAGCGGAGAACUGGCUGCGCUGCGUGCUGCCCGUGUUCAACGCGAGCGCAGCGCCGUCCGCGCAGUCGCCGCUCGAGUACGCAGAGAUGACCGGCACCAAGGUGAGCCUGAUCAACUGCGAGCAACUAGUUCAAGACGCGAUGCGCGCCGCCAUUAAGUUCGCUCAGGCGAACACCACGCAUAUAGACGGGAGAACUCCAGAAACCAAGAAACUACAACGAAACUAAUAAUUGUUAUAAAGGUUCCAGGGACCUUAAUCUUUCAAUGUGAAAAAACUACGUUCGAACUAUCUCUUGGUUAUUAUAGCGUAUGAAAAUUAUCUAUCU